AUGGAGACCCCACGGUCUCUGCGUACACCAAGGAGACCCCAGAGACCCCACAGAGACCCCCGGGGCCCUGUGCACACCAAGGAGACCCCCAGGGACCCCACGGAGACCCCCGGGGCCCUGUGCACACCAAGGAGACCCCCAGGGACCCCACGGAGACCCCCGGGUCCCUGCGCACACCAAGGAGACCCUCAGGGACCCCACGGAGACCCCCGGGGCUCUGCACACACCAAGGAGACCCCCCAGGGACCCCACGUGGCCCACGGAGAGCUCAAGGACCUCAUGUGCCCCACGUAUCCCCAACACCUCAGGAAGACUCCAGGGGUCUCUGUGCACCCCAAGGAGCCCUCAAGGACUGCGUGUACCCCAGGGACCCCACUGAUGUGCGGGGAGGGCGAGCCCCGGCCCCCGCAGCCCCCCUUCCCCCCGGUGUCCCCUCACACGUGGCCGGGGGCUCGUGUCCGCGCCAGACCCCGGGGCCGGGGCCGCUCCCUGAGCUCCCCCCGCUGCGGCUCUUUCCAUCCCCGGAUCGAUGCCUCCGCUCCAGCCGCCGCUGCGGCUCCUGCCCUUCAUCCCAGCCCUCCUCCUCCUCCUCCCCGCUCCCCCGCCCCGGGGAGCGCCCGGCGGGGUUAUCGGUGGGCAAACACAGACCCGGGCGGGACCCCGCGGGUGCGGCCGCAGGUGCCGGAGCCCGGCACGGAGCCUGUCCCGGCUCGGGGGGGCUGCGGCCCCUCCCCGGGGGUCCCGGACCUCGCCGUGCCCGCCCGCCCUCGCACCCCCGUGUGA